AAUAAAUCUGCUGCUCGGUCCGAAAGAACAUCAGUGACAAGGAGACAGCAACACCUCCCGCAAUGUCUCUCAAAAGCAAAGCUGACGAACUCAUCUCCCAGGCCGUCGAGGCCAGACGAGUGCCUGCUUUUGGUGCCGUUUCCCUUGACAAGUCAGGUGAAGUUCUAUACGAAGGUGCAUUUGGAACCACUGGUGACAUGAAUGACGGCGAGUCGCACCCACCAUUCACAACCACGACUCAAAUCAACAUCUGGUCGAUGACCAAAUUGGUAACAAGUGUCGCCGUUCUCCAAUUGCUCGAGACCGGUCAGCUGGGCAGCCUCGACGACGACGCGGCGAAAUAUGUCCCCGACAUUGGCAAGCUCCCCGUUUUGCAAGGUUGGACCAGCGACGACGAGGCCACCGGCGACCCUAUCACCCGUCCUGCCACCAAAACCAUCACCAUCCGCCACCUUUUGACACAUACCUCAGGCAUUGCCUACGACUUUUCCAACCAAGAUACCUGCCGCUGGUUUGCCUGGCGACAGCGUACCCAAGGCAUCCCUCGCACCAGCCGCAAGCAAUCUGACAUCUCACCACCGUUGGUCUUCGAACCCGGCACCUCGUGGGCCUACGGCUACAAUACGGACUGGUUGGGCUUGGUGGUUGAGGCCAUCACAGGUAUCGAUCUUGAGACCUAUUUCCAGCAACACAUUUUGGGCCCGCUGGGCUUGAAUCAGACAGGGCAAGCGACACGGAUCAAGGUUCAGUCGUUGGCUCACAUGCGAAGUGCCACAGAUCGAUCGUUGGCGUUGCCGCCCAUGCAAGUCGACCUCACCGCCUCGUACGGCGAGAAAGAUGAGAAGGAGAACCAGACCUGGGGCGGAGCCUUUCUCGUCUCAACCCUGCGUGACUAUGCCACCUUUCUGCUCACCAUUCUCAACCACGGCACUCACCCGACCAAGCAUGUCCAGAUCCUCAAGGCCGAAACCGUUCGAGACUACCUCUUCACCGAUCAGCUGCCUUUGAUCCUCGGUCCUCAAGCCUCAAAGGACGCCGGUGUUGGAGCGUGGGACACCUCUAUCGCAUGGAUGUGUGCCAACGGCGUCUUCAUGCCUGAAACCCCCAAGGGCUUUUCUACUGGCUUGAUGCUCAACCUCGCCGAUCGCCCCGGGGCUCGCAGGACACAUAGUGGCGCGUGGGCAGGCAUCUCCAACCAGUAUUAUUGGGUCGAUCCACAAAGUGGAAAAUUGGGUGUCGUGGCUGCGAACAUCUUUCCCUUUAUGGACGCCGAGACUCUGGAUCUGUUGGACCGCUUCGAAAAGUUGGUAUAUCAACAUUGAAACUCAAGAUACACAUCUUCCCGAUGAAUGCACGCGAUUGUCGCUCAGAUCAUGAUAUAGACAAGGAAUGCUCGCCACAUGGAAUAUCACUUGAAUUCUUCCUUUGUGGAAUGACACUUAAAUGCCCAACCCCCAAUCGCCAUCGUACAUUGUGUGUCAUCGUCUUAAGAAUGCACGCACAUGGCUAGUGGCCUCCGCUGGAAGAGAGAUCUUGAUCUCUAUUGACUUCGAGAUAUGCCAUCAAUAUAACGCCCAUAUUCUCAUGCCUCAUAACCUCAACGCCGUAUAUUCCCCCCUCACAUAGCAUAACAUGGCACCCAGAUAUCGUUUCCCCAACUCCACAACGCAGCAGGUCAACUGGGUUCAUCAUUCCAACAAUCAAACAAUCAGUCAGUGGCAGAUUUCAACUGCCUCGACCACACAUCUUGUCGUGGGUGUAGCAUUUCCCUGUUACAAUCCACUCGAAUCGUCCUGGGGAGCAGGAGCACGCGCGGAAUGCGAAAGAGAGUGCCGCGUCACAUGACCAGACAUCCACCACUGCGAGCUCGUCGUCGGCCGGCGCGAGGGUUCCUCCCUGUCGCAAACUCCGCACCGCUACCCUCGUCGUCACCGGUACCAGUGUCUUGAGCGGUCCCAUCCUCGUCAUCUCGGACUCUG